AUGGCAGAAAACAUCAUGUUUUGAACAGAUUUAGGAGACAACGAAUUAGCAGAUCUGUAUGAAGGGAAUGUCUUUGCAAGAGACACUUUUAACAUUUCAAGCCAGGAAUUAAACCAAGAUAAAGUCGAUUUGAAUUUAUUAGAGAAGAAUGGAUUUGAUAAAUAAUAUUGAUUCUUUCAGCCCAUCUUACGAUUUUGGCUUAUCUCCAACUUGAAAUUUUGAAAAAGUUGAAAAUAACGAUGAAAAAGAAUGAGAAAAGAUAUUUCAAAUAACUAAUGAGAAAAAGGAUACUUGGCAAAAGAAGGAGACAACACUUGGAGAUCAAGAUAUUAGUAUUUCUCUUAAGAAUCAUCCUCUGCUAAACAGCGCAUUGGAGCAAGAAAAUUUACAAAAAAUUGCUUCUUUAAGAACACUGACAUCUAAUCUCUCUGAGCAAAACCAAAGGAUGAAAGACCUUAUCAAGAAAUCAUCUCUUCAACAAUUCAGAAAAUUCUAUGAAGAAACUUUCAGAAUACAAAAUAUUGAUAUCAUUAAGAGAAGAUAUGCUAGCUGAAGUUUCACUAAAAUUUUCCAGCAGAUGCGCUUGAUCUUACAAGAGAUGAUAUCUGCUGAAUAUCUUACAGAUGAGCUAGUUCUUUAUACUAUUGGAAUCACUCGUUUACAAAAAUUAUAUCGGCUGUUGUGUAGCGUGGAUUUAAAGCAAGAAAUCACAGAUUUCAUUAACCUUGCAUCAAAAUUUUCAGAAAGAAGGUUUCAAAAAUGUCUUGAGUCCCAAAGUUUUCAAACUUUGCUUGAUUAUUUCUUAAUGAACUCAGUAGACCCAGAAAUAAGAGCCAUGCAGCUUGGAGUUAAGUUAGAUUAAGGAAGAUAUAAGAGGAAACUAAAA